UAUACGUGCAUCGCAUUCAGAGCAGCAGGCAGCAGGUGGAGAUGACAUCAUCUGCACUGCAGCACACUGCAGCACUGGGUCUGAACAAAGACAUGUCAGCCAGACUUUCUGCUGCUGCUAAGUCCUCUCCUCUUGACCCCGCCACCGUCUCUCUCUCCCCCUCUCAUCCUUCCUCUCUCAGAGAGCAUAACCCUGGUGCCUAGAAAUGCUGCAGGGCUGUGACCUACUUAACCCCUCUCACCCUUGUCUCCCCCUCCUACCACUAAGGGAUGGGCUGGCUGAUGCACCUCUGCAGCCCUCAUCAUCACUUUGCCCUUAGCCACCUAUGGAGAGGUGAUGAAAGGUAUCACUAUGGUGGGGGGGAGGGGAUAGGUGGGUUUGCGUUUGUAAUUUAAGUGUCAGCAAUGGCUGGUGACAAGAUGAAAGCUGGGGGGAGACACAAGGAUGGUGUGUGUGUGGGGUGAACAUCCAUUAGAUUUUCUAAAUCUACUACACAUCAUCAGUGAUAGCAGUAAUUUACUGGCCAUUGACUCUAUUAACAGUAACAAUUACUUGUCCUCUUUCUAUAUUGACUUAUAGUGAACGCAAGCAUGACAUUCACUCCCUGAAGAGCGGAGAGCUUCUGCCUGAGACUGACUGCCAAGAUACGCCAGUAGCGUAAAUGUCACAGGGACCCUGUUGUGGCGGCUCCCCACUUAGGAAGUCAUUACGUUGUUACUGCAGUGUCGCCUCAGGAAAGAUAAUAUAUCUAUGACCUAUUAUUAUAACAGUGAUGGAGAAUGGAUGUGUAUGUACAGUGGGGAGAACAAGUAUUUGACACACUGCCGAUUUUGCAGGUUUUCCUACUUACAAAGCAUGUAGAGGUCUGUAAUUUUUAUCAUAGGUACACUUCAACUGUGAGACAAAAUCUAAAACAAAAAUCCAGAAAAUCACAUUGUAUGAUUUUUAAGUAAUUCAUUUGCAUUUUAUUGCAUGACAUAAGUAUUUGAUCACCUACCAACCAGUAAGAAUUCCGGCUCUCACAGACCUGUUUGUUUUUCUUUAAGAAGCCCUCCUGUUCUCCACUCAUUACCUGUAUUAACUGCACCUGUUUGAACUCGUUACCUGUAUAAGACACCUGUCCACACACUCAAUCAAACAGACUCCAACCUCUCCACAAUGGCCAAGACCAGAGAGCUGUGUAAGGACACCAGGGAUAAAAUUGUAGACCUGCACAAGGCUGGGAUGGGCUACAGGACAAUAGGCAAGCAGCUUGGUGAGAAGGCAACAACUGUUUACGCAAUUAUUAGAAAAUGGAAGAAGUUCAAGAUGACGGUCAAUCACCCUCGGUCUGGGGCUCCAUGCAAGAUCUCACCUCGUGGGGCAUCAAUGAUCAUGAGGAAGGUGAGGGAUCAGCCCAGAACUACAUGGUAGGACCUGGUCAAUGACCUGAAGAGAGCUGGGACCACAGUCUCAAAGAAAACCAUUAGUAACACACUACGCCGUCAUGGAUUAAAAUCCUGCAGCGCACGCAAGGUCCCCCUGCUCAAGCCAGCGCAUGUCCAGGCCCGUCUGAAGUUUGCCAAUGACCAUCUGGAUGAUCCAGAGGAGGAAUGGGAGAAGGUCAUGUGGUCUGAUGAGACAAACAUAUAGCUUUUUGGUCUAAACUCCACUCGCCGUGUUUGGAAGAAGAAGGAUGAGUACAACCCCAAGAACACCAUCCCAACCGUGAAGCAUGGAGGUGGAAACAUCAUUAUUUGGGGAUGCUUUUCUGCAAAGGGGACAGGACGACUGCACCGUAUUGAGGGGAGGAUGGAUGGUGCCAUGUAUCGCGAGAUCUUGGCCAACAACCUCCUUCCCUCAGUAAGAGCAUUGAAGAUGGGUCGUGGCUGGGUCUUCCAGCAUGACAACGACCCGAAACACACAGCCAGGGCAACUAAGGAGUGGCUCCGUAAGAAGCAUCUCAAGGUCCUGGAGUGGCCUAGCCAGUCUCCAGACCUGAACCCAAUAAAACAUAUUUGGAGGGAGCUGAAAGUCUGUAUUGCCCAGCGACAGCCCCGAAACCUGAAGGAUCUGGAGAAGGUCUGUAUGGAGGAGUGGGCCAAAAUCCCUGCUGCAGUGUGUGCAAACCUGGUCAAGACCUACAGGAAACGUAUGAUCUCUGUAAUUGCAAACAAAGGUUUCUGUACCAAAUAUUAAGUUAUGCUUUUCUGAUGUAUCAAAUACUUAUGUCAUGCAAUAAAAUGCAAAUUAAUUACUUAAAAAUCAUCCAAUGUGAUUUUCUGGAUUUUUGUUUUAGAUUCUGUCUCUCACAGUUGAAGUGUACCUAUGAUAAAAAUUACAGACCUCUACAUGCUUUGUAAGUAGGAAAACCUGCAAAAUCGGCAGUGUAUCAAAUACUUGUUCUCCCCACUGUAUGUAUGUAUGUAUGUAUGUAUUUUUUCCAUUGUGGGAUUUUCUUCCCCGUUUUCUACUUGUGCUCCAAGUCUUCCUCUUCCCAUUCAUCAGUAAGCCAAUGCCGCGGGAAGGAAGGAACCAUACACACACAGGCAUGUUCCUGUCGCUUAGUUACUGCUCGGCAGCAGGUUGCCACAGAAACAGCCUCACUGUGGCUAAAUGAGGAACGCUAAUGCAGUGUUCCACACUCCUUCCAUGCCUGCCUUUCCUACUGCAGUGGGCUCACUGUACCCAUCCCAUCCCACAAUCUGUGCACAUCGGUCUGUGCGUGUGCGUGUGUGUGUCUGUCUGUGUGUGUGUGUGCGUGCGUGAGUAUGUGUGUUUGAGCAUAGAGUUCUCUCCUCUAUGGUGGUGCAAUGGACUUGAUGUCUGCGCUGUGCGCUAAAGCACACUAAGUGCAGGUCAGAUUGCAGCUUUUGAGAGUGAUUAAAGGGACCUCUAACACAACUGAUGGAGUGCAGUGAGUGCAGUCCUGCUUCUCACUCCAACCAUUACCCAUCUGACUAGGUUUCUUUCCAAUUAGUCCUCAUCAUUUGGUUUUAUUUUUGUGGCUUCAAGCAUAAAAUAUACUGUAUGCAUGCAAUUUUCUGUAUGGUUGUAAUUCAUUGUUAAGUCAUUCAGCACUUCUAAAUUACUCAGCAUUUAUUAUCUUUUGAACAGUAAUUCCAGGAGCAUUUCUUUCAGUCCACGUUGUGGAUUUGUUGGUUAACACUGCUCAUGGUUGGAAACCUAUUUGCCAGCAGCAUUUAGAAACUGUACAGCCUAAUAGUCUCCAUCUGUCUGUCUAUGAAAAGCUUUCUUUCUCAAGGACUAUGGACAAGCGCUUGUUGAGUGAUUUUGUACAGUGGCUCUCAGCCCCUCCUACCAUAUAAGCCAAAGGUAGUGUUCUGUGGCCAAGAGGGGCAGGACACAGCAGGAAUGAUAAACCUUGGUCAUAAUGGACUAGAGUUAGUUAAUCAGUAGGAGUGAGUGUGUGUGUGUGUGUGUGUGUGUGUGUGUGUGUGUGUGUGUGCAGGGGUGGACACUUUCACCAAGCCUCCAUCCACUCUCUGGUCAAUCAUCCAGUCCAGAUGACUGUGUGAUGACAGAGUACUAGAGGAAAAUAACCUUUUAUGAAUUACUGAAUUACUGUGCAUGUAGCCAUUAGCACGCGAUUGAUGGGCCUUAAAGGUUAUUUAAGUAAAGGCAAUUGUUGUGAUGAUUGAUGUUAUUGUUAUCGCUGUCAUACUCGUGAUUAAUAAUGAUUAAAGUUAGAUUACAUUUCUUCUCGGCAGAUAAAGGGAAAUGAGCAUGGAGCAUCUCAUACAUAAGAAAGAACAUGAGUGGUGUGAAAUGUAAGCAAUAAGCCCCGAGGGGGUGUUGCAUAUGACCAAUAUACCACAGCUAAGGGCUGUUCUUAGGCACGCGCAAUGCGGAGUGCCUGGACACAGUCCUUAGCCAUGGUAUAUUGGCCAUAUAUCACAAACCCCCGAGGUGCCUUAUUGCUAUUAUAAACUGGUUACCAACGUAAUUAGAGCAGUAAAAAUACAUGUUUUGUCAUACCCGUGGUAUACAAUCUGAUAUACCACGGCUGUCAGCCAAUCAGCAUUCAGGGCUCGAACCACCCAGUUUAUAAUGUGUGGUUAGACAGUCCCAUUAUGUCAUGUUGGGCUUAUGUGAAGGCUUUAUAUACAUACCCCUACACUAUAGCACUAACCUUGUCACUGGUUUGCUGAUGUGUGUGUAUGCAUCUGCCCGUUGCAGAUACCUUCCAUAUGCCUUCAUAUGACUACAGUAUCUGGGGUUCACUGGUGUUCUGACAAUAUAAGACGUGUCUAGAUGUCUGUGUUGCAGAUACCUUCUGAUUUAGAGGUACCAUAUGUCACUAUGGUACUAACUGGGUGUCACAGAUAACCAUACUGGAAGUCUAUGGAUGCUGAUGUGUGUUAUAUGUCUCUGUGCUGCAGAUAACCAGUUCAGAAUGUCCAUCCUGGAGCGCCUGGAGCAGAUGGAGAGACGGAUGGCAGAGAUGGCCUCCCAUCACCAGCAGAGCAGUGGAGGAGGUGCAGGGGCAGGAGGAGGAGCAGGAGUAGGUGGAGGAGGAGGUGGUGGUGGUGGUAACAACAGCCAGACACAGGUAAAGUACAUCAUACUAUAGGAAAUGCACUUUUUAAUUGAUGAAGCAAUGGCUUUGUGAUGUAUUCAGUGAUAUGGAAAUGUAUUUGAUAUUGUAUGUACUUAGUAGAUAUUUGGCUUAUGGAGGAUUACAUGGAAAAAACGUACUGUAUGUUUCUGUUUGAGAAGUCAAGUGUUGUUAAGUGUUGUAAAGUGUUGGUGUUGUAGUUGAAAGUAACCUUUGUUGUGUUUGUGUGUGUUGUCAGUGUGUGACAGGGCAGGGUCAGGCGGGCAGCAGCUUUGAGAGCCGUGUGGUGGUGGUGUGUGAGAAGAUGAUGAACCGGGCCUGCUGGGCCAAGUCCAAACACCUGAUCCACUCCAAGACCUUCAGGGGCAUGACCCUGCUCCACCUGGCCGCAGGGCAGGGGUACGCCACCCUCAUCCAGACACUUAUCAAGUGGCGGUGAGUGAGAACCUCAGAGACCUCUGAUUGUCUGUUUAUAAAAGUAAUAUACAGAGAGACCUUGGGACAUGUAAAUAUCUAUUAUGGAACUAAUUUAGGACCAGGAAUGAUUGUGUUAAAAAGUUGUCAAUAAAGUAUUAAUCUAUGUAGAUAAUGUUGUGUUUUAGCAAUAGGUAGUUCAGUCUGGGAGUACAGUGUUCUGUUCUAUCCCACAACAGCACCAAGCAUGCAGACAGCAUUGACCUGGAGUUGGAGGUGGACCCCCUCAAUGUGGACCACUUCUCCUGCACCCCUCUGGUAAGAUAUAGAGAACUGUAUCUCAUGAAACCACUGCAGGAGUCUUCCGUAAAGCCUUUCAAUCCCUGUAGACUUUCAUAAAUAAUUAAAUUGUAAGAAACUUUUCCAAGAAAGUAAAGUUACCACAGGCAUGCUAGCAUCUUUCCUCUGACCUGUGACCUGUGCCCCUGCUGUUUUUUCUCCAGAUGUGGGCGUGUGCCCUGGGUCACCUGGAAGCGGCAGUGGUACUGUAUAAAUGGGACCGACGGGCCCUGGCCAUCCCUGACUCCCUGGGACGCCUGCCCCUGUCCAUCGCCCGCUCCCGCGGCCACACCAAGCUGGCCGAGUGUCUGGAGCAGCUGCAGAGAGAGGAACAGCAGCCCCCUGCACCCCUGCCCCCCACCACACGCAUGUCCUUCUCCCCCACCCCCCACGACGCACCCACCUCAGACAGCUGGAUGGUCACAUGGGCCAGCGACGGCGUGAAGACGCCCGGCGGGAAGAAAGGAGGUGCCACCACGGCCACGACCACCUCAAGCAAUCUCAACCCAGGUCAGAGCAGACUGGAGGACAGGAGUGGGGGAAAGGAACGAUGGAAAAGAGCUUUAGACAAAAACGUUUUGUAAAUAUUGUUUGCUUAAAUGUCUCUAAAAUAGUAUCUUAUAUCCCUUCUGCAGACUUGAGAAGGCCGCGAUCCGAGCCCUCCAGCUACUACAGCAGUGAGUGCCAGCGAGACCUGCCCCUGGCCAAGAAACACAAGCCCAACCCAGAGAUGUUCCAGGCCCGGCCCGACAAGGCCAUGUCUGUCCCACUGAGCCUGGAGCAGCAGCAGCUACACAAGCUGUCCUUCAGCCCUAAGAGCCUGUCCCAUGAGGGCCUCAGCCCAGACAAGAGCCUCUCCGGUGGGGGAAGUGCUGGAGAAGCCGGGGGAGCCAAGUGGCGCUCCAGAGAGAGUUUCUCCAGCGGGGGCUCAGGCAGGAAGGGCUCGGGGGGCUCUGGGGGCAGCAGCCUGGGCAAGGAGAAGCUGGCUAGCAGGCUGAGACAGAGGGAACAGAUGGGGAACAUGCUGGUGAUGGCUGAGAGAGAGAUGGUGGACACUGAGCUGCUGUCCUACAGAGAAGAUCUGGAGAACCAGGACUGUAUGACGCAGAUGAACGACCUGCAGGUCAGUUAACUCACCCUACUCUCUACUGUCUCUUUACUGGAGAUAAACUCAGCAAAAAAAGAAACGUCCCUUUUUCAGGACCCUGUCUUUCAAAGAUAAUUCGUAAAAAUCCAAAUAACUUCACAGAUCUUCAUUGUAAAGAGUUUAAACACUGUUUCCCAUGCUUGUUCAAUGAACCAUAAAGAAUUAAUGAACAUGCACCUGUGGAACGGUCGCUAAGACACUAACAGCUUACAGAUGGUAGGCAAUUAAGGUCACAGUUAUGAAAACUUAGGACACUAAAGAGGUCUUUCUACUGACUCUGAAAAACACCAAAAGAAAGCUGCCCAGGGUCCCUGCUCAUCUGCGUGAACGUGCCUUAGGCAUGCUGCAAGGAGGCAUGAGGACUGCAGAUGUGGCCAGGGCAAGAAAUUGCAAUGUCCGUACUGUGACACCUAAGACAGCUCUACAGGGAGACAGGACGAUCAGCUGUCCGUCCUCAAAGUGGCAGACCACGUGUAACAACACCUGCACAGGAUCGGUACAUCUGAACAUCACACCUGCGGGACAGGUACAGGAUGGUAACAACAACUGCCCGAGUUACACCAGGAACGCACAAUCCCUCCAUCAGUGCUCAGACUGUCCGCAAUAGGCUGAGAGAGGCUGGACUGAGGGCUUGUAGGCCUGUUGUAAGGCAGGUCCUCAACAGACAUCACCGGCAACAACGUCGCCUAUGGGCAUAAACCCACCGUCGCUGGACCAGACAGGACUGGCAAAAAGUGCUCUUCACUGAUGAGUCACGGUUUUGUCUCACCAGGGGUGAUGGUCGGAUUCGCAUUUAUCGUCAAAGGAAUGAGCGUUACACUGAGGCCUGUACUCUGGAGCGGGAUCGAUUUGGAGGUGGAGGGUCCGUCAUGGUCUGGGGCGGUGUGUCACAGCAUCAUCGAAAUGAGUUUGUUGUCAUUGCAGGUAAUCUCAACGCUUUGCGUUACAGGGAAGACAUCCUCCUCCCUCAUGUGGUACCCUUCCUGCAGGCUCAUCCUGACAUGAGCCUCCAGCAUGACAUUGCCACCAGCCAUACUGCUCGUUCUGUGCGUGAUUUCCUGCAAGACAGGAAUGUCAGUGUUCUGCCAUGGCCAGCGAAGAGCCCGGAUCUCAAUCCCAUUGAGCAAGUCUGGGACCUGUUGGAUCGGAGGGUGAGGGCUAGGGCCAUUCCCCCCAGAAAUGUACAGGGAACUUGCAGGUGCCUUGGUGGAAGAGUGGGGUAACAUCUCACAGCAAGAACUGGCAAAUCUGGUGCAGUCCAUGAGGAUGAGAUGCACUGCAGUACUUAAUGCAACUGGUGGCCACACCAGAUACUGAAGUUACUUUUGAUUUUGAUCCCCCCCCCCCCCCCUCUUUGUUCAGGGACACAUUAUUCAAUUUCUGUUAGUCACAUGUCUGUGGAACUUGUUCAGUUUAUGUCUCAGUUGUUGAAUCUUGCUAUGUUCAUACAAAUAUUUACACGUUAAGUUUGCUGAAAAUAAACGCAGUUGACAGUGAGAGGACGUUUCUAUUUUUGCUGAGUUUAGUUACUUUUUACCAUCUCUUUACUCAAGACAGUGACUCUACUGUUUACCACUCACUGCACUGCCAACCCUGUCCAUCGGCCUGCUCAUUGCACGUACACUCACACUUGUUUACCAGACAACAAUAUCCAUAGCACGUCAUAGUAUCGACCUCACGUCUAUAGAGCUGGACUGCCAGUGAAUAAACAUGACAAGAAGAUUGAGAUUGACCGCUGGCAGCUCUGUUGGGCCUUGCCACUGGAUCCCCUGACGUGUGAAGUCAACACACACACACACACACACACAGAGGGAUCCUAGGCAUCCCUGGCAGUGUGUGGACCUCCAUCACCACAUAAUAAACUCCAUCCAUUGAUCGGCUGUCACAGCCAAGGGAGCACUCUGCCAUCCAUCACAGUCACACUGCUACUGAGGCUGAGACUGAGCCUGGGAGAUGAGGGGCAGAGGAGGGAAGCACAACAUUAACAAUCAUCAUCUUCAUAGUCAUUGUCAUGAUCACGAUCAUUGUCAUAUUUAAUGUUCAUUGUUUCUUAGAAAUCAUUCUAAACUUGAAAAUUCAUAAUGUGGAAAUAUCUAAGAUGAAAAUGGGGAUGUAAUGAUGCAUCCUUCCUGCAACAUUAUGAUGCACCGGAACCAAAAAGCACGUCAUUGUAAAUCAAUGAAAUAAACAGACAGACAAUAAGGUACAAAUGUGCUAAUUGUGUGAUCUACAGUAUACUCAAUCCUGGGUGAUUCACCCCCUGCAGGUGAACAUGAUGACUCUGGCAGAGCACAUCAUUGAGGCGACCCCAGAGAGGAUCAAGAGGGAGAACUUUGUGGCCCUGGACGGAGUGCCCAUGGACAGUACUGGGGUCAGCAACACCAUGAGCUGGUUGGCCAGUUACCUUGGAGACGUGGAGCAGCUGCCCAGCAUUAUACAUCUACGGUGAGCAACACAGAAGAGCCGCACUCUGGACUGAAUGUGAUCUAGGUCUGGUUUUCUGUACCCAGAUUAUGUCUAUACCUGGUCUAAAAAGAAUGCUCAAUGGAGAAUCUGUAGGCUUAAUUCUGAUCUGGGAAACUGACCCUAAAUGUUUUGCAGAAGAUUUCCUGUGCUUGGCAUAGCAGUUGUGUAUUGGUACUACAUUUUCUGACAACAAUGCUUAUCUGACUACUUUUUAAACUGUCACCUCCAUCCCCCUGCCCCUCCCUCUCUCUCUUCCUCCAGAUCUCUGUACAGUGAGCCUCUCACUCCGUCCUCCAACCCCAGCCACAGCCCACAGGGUUCUCCCCUGAGGGAGGGGCCCAUGGAGAGGCCCUCCCCGGCCGACUGGAGCGAGUUCCUCCAGGCCUCCAACAGCAAGGUGGAGAGAGACUUGGCCCAGCUCACCCUGUCCGACCCCGAGCAGAGGGAGCUGUACGAGGCCGCCCGUCUGGUCCAAACUGCCUUCCGCAAGUACAAGGUACAGGCCCGGGGAUGAGGUACCACACACAGUAUCAUACCUGCUGUAGAAUUAUUUUCACAGCAACUUUAUUAGGACUGGCACUCUAUGUUGAUGUGGUGUUGACCUUAAUUUUAUCAGGUGAAAUGUGACGUUAUUAAUGGGUCCCUUGAAUCUGGAAAGGUUGCUAUAUGAACAAAACUACGUCCUGGUCUGUGUCGAAGUGUGCUGAGUGCACAAGACACUAUCUAUGCUGUGAGGACCCUCACCCAGUAAUCAUCAAUGGAUUAUGUUAAUUAACACUCAUAUGUUAUCCCAUCUUUCUCUCUCUGUAUCUGUCUCACUAAGACACUCAAACUCUGUGGUCCCUGUGGUUUCAGCAUGGGAAAGGAUUGCUUUGAGCAGAGCAUGGCCUUGCUUUAAGGAACGACUGCACUGCUCCCUAUAAGCGCUCUCUCCCUUUCUUUCUCUGUCCCUCUCUCUCUUACUCUUUAAAUUAUGUGUGGGGAGCCCGCUGCUGCCUGUCCUUAACCAGCUCCACAUACCCUGCCCAGCCCCCCCCCCCCCCCCCCCAUGCCUCACCUUGCUACCUCCCCCCCAUGGCUAGCUUUAAUGAGUUUCCACGUCUCAAACUGUUCGCUGUCGUUCACUGUCAUCUGUUCUACCCCUCUGCCAGCUGAGACUGGGUAGGAGAAGAACUCUGGGCUGGCACCACCAUCUACCUCUCUCCUCUCCCAGCCCAGGAUGGAGCCUCUCCCCCAGCCUCCUCAACCCCAGGUCCUCCCUCUGUCCGAAGAGACCUCAUAGAGCAGUGGCGCUCUAUAGUAGACUACGCCACUUCCUAUACUCUGACUUCUGACCUCUGACUUCUCCUACUCUCUCACAGGGACGCCCAUUCAGAGAUCAACAGGAAGUAGCUGCGGCCGUCAUUCAACGUUGUUACAAGAAGUACAAACAGGUAAGCUGGGCACAGUUAGCCCCUUACAACACACAUGGAGAUUCAAUAGUUGGAUGCUUGUACAUAUUACAUUACCUUACAGAUAAUGGAUAGAUGUAGGACUGAUUGCAAUACAUUUAUUAGGGACUUUUAGAAAGCGUUUAACUUUAUUCAGUUUAGUUCGUUUUUCUAGGCGCAGGCUGAUCCUUGUUCAUGCCUCUUCGUGAUUCACAAUCUCACCUUUUCUUUGUUUACAAGCUUACAUGGAUAGCUUUGAAGGUAACACAUUUUCACUGUCUCAGAUUGCUUACAAUGCAACCUAAGUUCACUUGAUUGUCACACUUGACUUGGUUAUAUUGAUACUCAUAAUCUACAUCAGCACCUUUCCUAAGUCCAGUAAUAUAGUCUUGUGCCUGAUUCACAGUCUAGGGCCGACCUUCACCAUACUGGCUAGUCUAUUUUAUUUUCCAGCACGGUUCCAGCAACUACAGUAAAUGCGUAACCAGGGCAGCCCAGUUUGGCUUGACUUGAUUUGGCCAUAUAGUGUGAAUCAGACAAUAGAUGUGUGCAUUGGAGGCCAUUGUUUGUGUCUUCCCAACCCCCUGUUCCUGAUCCUGUAUCCCCUCCUCUCUCUGGUCCUCUCUGUGGCAGUAUGCACUUUAUAAGAAGAUGACGCAGGCCGCCAUUCUUAUCCAGAGUAAGUUCCGCAGCUACCAUGAGCAAAAGAAGUUCCAGCAGAGCAGGCGGGCGGCCGUGCUGAUCCAGCAAUACUACCGCGGCUACAAGGAGUUUGGCAGGCUCAGGCCCCACCGCAGAGGAGCCGCCACCGCACUGGUGCAACACAAACUCAGGUAUGUAUACACACAACACACACACUGACACAUACACAGCAACACAAACGUAGGUAGCUAAACACACACAGCAACACACACACACACACACACACACACACACACACACACACACACACAGUAGCACACACUCACAUUGAAACACAGCAGCACAAACUCAGGUAGUUAAAUACACAUUAUAAACUGGGUGGUUCGAGCCCUGAAUGCUGAUUUGCUGACAGCCGUGGUAUAUCAGACCGUAUACUGCGGGUAUGACAAAAUAUUUAUUUUUACGUUGGUAACCAGUUUAUAAUAGCAAUAAGGCACCUCAGGGUUUGUGGUAUAUGGCCAAUAUACCAUGGCUAAGGCCUGUAUCCAGGCACUCUGUGUUGCGUCUUGCCUAAGAACAGCCCUUAGCUGUGGUAUAUUGGCCAUAUACCACACACCCUCGUGCCUUAUUGCUUAAAUAACGCACACACGAACAUACAGCAGCAUAAACUCAGGUAGCUACGCAGUAACACACACUGACACAUACAGGAGGCUGGGCCUCAUUCCAGGAUAGUUAGUAGCAGUCUGCAGUUGUUACAUCUGUUUAGGGACUUAUAAAUGAAUUAUAUGUACCCAUUGAUUCUUGAAGAAUAUAACUUAUAAAUGCCUCAUGAGCUUAGUUCAACUGUCGCACCCCAUCAGAACCCAAAAUAUAAGCUUGUUUUACUCCAAUAUUUGGAAACAAAGUACAUUUAAACAAACUAUAUACCCUCAAAAGUAUUUUGAUACCAUGGAUGGUCAGUCCUUGUACCCGUAGCUCUGUCUAUGAAUUAGAGAGUGGUACAUUUCUCCAGCCCCAUCCCUCAGAUUUAUUUAUGAAACAGGAGCGGGGAGAAGGCAACCGCUGACUGCCACUUUAACCUUGCAGACUUCAUUUGGGGAAAUCAAUUUGUAAGGGACAAACGACCGCAGUACCAUUUGCAGUCUCCAGGAUCAUAGUGUCCUUCAGUGUUCAUGCAUAAUUGAUUUAGAUUUUGAACAUACAAGUUCUGUAAAUAUGUUUUUAUAUUGAUGAAGACACUAAGGCUCCUGAGUACUGGAGAGGACAGUAUCCAUGCUAUACAGAAUCUCCAAAGUAAAGCUUAAAGGCAUGGUUGAAAAAGUGCACAAGCACUGUAAAACUACACUAGCUCCACACAUCCACAGUAUCUUUUGAAUAUUGUGGACCCUUUCAAAAGCCAGUGUUCCCUCUUGUCUUGUAGAAGUAGUCUGCUCACUAAGAGGCAGGAUCAGGCUGCCAGGAAGAUCAUGAGGUUUCUACGCCGCUGCCGCCACAGGUAAGCCCCGCCCACAACACUAACUCAUAUGGGUUUCCAGAUACGUUUGUUAUAUUCACACACACACAUACUACCAAAUAAAUGCCUUCUUUCAGUGUAGGGAUUUGCAAGAUAUAUGAAUGGUUUACUACACCGUAGAUGGCUAGAAUGAGUCUGCACAGAUGAGAGGGACAGUUCUCUGUUUUCAUUUGUCUUUUUUAUUUAUUUGGGGGUUGAUAAAAAGGUGUGGGUGGGUUAUAUACAACACUUCAGACACCCCCCUCUUCCCCUCCACUGUAUUUGGACCCCCACCUCUCCUCUCCUCGCCCCCCCCCCACCCCCCUCCUCCCCUCCACUGGAUUUGGCCCCCCCACCUCUCCUCUCCUCGCACCCCCUCCUCCCCUCCACUGUAUUUGGCCCCCCACCUCUCCUCGCCCCUCCUCUUCCCCUCCACUGUAUUUGGCCCCCCACCUCUCCUCUCCUCGCCCCCCCUCUUCCUCUCCACUGUAUUUGGCCCCCCACCUCUCCUCUCCUUGCCCCCCCUCCUCCCCUCCACUGUAUUUGGCCCGCCACCUUUCCUCUCCUCGCCCCUCCUCUUCCCCUCCACUGUAUUUGGCCCCCCACCUCUCCUCUCCUCGCCCCCCCUCCUCCCCUCCACUGUAUUUGGCCCCCCACCUCUCCUCUCCUCGCCCCCCCUCCUCCCCUCCACUGUAUUUGGCCCCCCACCUCUCCUCUCCUCGCCCCCCCUCCUCCCCUCCACUGUACUUGGCCCCCCACCUCUCCUCUCCUCGCCCCUCCUCCUCCCCUCCACUGUAUUUGGCCCCCCACCUCUCCUCGCCCCUCCCCUCCACUGUAUUUGGCCCCCCACCUCUCCUCUCCUCCCUUCCUUCCCUCACAGUGCCCACUUUGUGCUAAUAGCUGUCUGGUAUUGUUUUGCUGUUUAUGCCAAGCCCCUUGAUGGACCAUAGACUGUUCAAGCGGGUGAGUGCAGCCUCAGCAACUCAGUUCGUGCUUCUCUCUCUCUCUCUCCCUGUCUACACAGUAUGUCUCUGCCUCUCUCUCUCUCUAACAAUACAGUUAUAGCUCCUGAGUCCUUGCCCUCCUCCACUCUCUCUCUCUCUCUCUCUCUCUCUCUCUCUCUCUCUCUCUCUCUCUCUUUCUCUCUCUGUCUUUCGCUUUCUCUCCAUCCAUCUCUCCCUCCCUCUCUCUUUCUCUCUCUCUCUCCCCCUCCCUGUACCUUGUCCAUCACUGUUGCUUGAUGCCUGCUUGCAUGACAGCUGCCUACUGGGGCCACAGGUGGACUGACUGAGAAGCUCAGAGUCAGAGCAGACUUUACUCUUAUUAAACAAACGAACCACUGCUUAUGAAUGACUGUCACCGCAACACUUAACAGGCACCUCUUUCUCUCCUCUGGAAAUGAGUUGAAUCGUUUUUUUGUUUUAUUUGUGUGGUUAUGAAAAUGGCUAUUGACAGAACGGAAGGUUGUUUUUCUCUAUCAUGUUUACUAUGUUGCAUGACUCAAUGGGCCUUGCUCUUCAACAUGUACCCGCAGGCAUGCUAUGGGCCGGAUGUUCUCUCCCAAACAGUUGUCUGUCUUACUGUCUGUUCUGAUGAGGGAGGGCUUGAUCACCAUGGGUUUUGCUCACUCAAACUGUCGAAACUGUCUUGUACAAGCUCCUCUCGGCGUUGCAUUGGGAUCUGUCACUAUUUCAAGGCUGGUUCAAUGACACUUGCGUCAUCACUGAAAAAUGUAACAAAAUUCCUCAUGGUUAGAAACUGUGUGUCUGUCCGACUACUCACCGGAAAGUCUUUGGGCAUAUUGACAAAAAUACCCAUGUGACGGUUAUCAUCAGUGUCAUCAUCUUUAUGACUCACAAACACUGUUUUUCAUCUUCUUAGACAACAGGGCAUUUUGAAUAUA